CCGGAAGCGGACGGGGGCGGAGGCGGAGGCGGCGGAGGCGCCUCGGGAGAGCUGGGGUUGCGGCGCGGUUCUUGACUCUGCUUGUCCGGCGCUUGGCCCGGCAGCCAUGCAUCCCCCGGCCCCGGGCCCGCUGGGGGACUGCCUGCGGGACUGGGAGGAGCUGCAGCAGGAAUUCCAGAGCAUCCAGGAGACCCACCGGCUGUACCGUGUGAAGCUGGAGGAGCUGACCAAGCUGCAGAACAGUUGUACCAGCUCCAUCGCUCGGCAAAAGAAGCAGCUGCAGGAGUUGGCUCUUGUCCUGAAGAAAUGCAAACCCUCCCUUCAGUGGGGGGCCAAGGAGGCUGCCCAGGAGCUGGAGAACCAGAUCAAGGAGCGCCAGGGCCUCUUCUUCGAUAUGGAGGCCUAUUUGCCCAAGAAGAAUGGCAGAUGAUCCCUGGACCUACUGUGGGCUGAGCAGUCAGGCACAGCCCUACUCUGGGGAGACAGCUGGAGCGACGGUGACAGCUCACGGAGAUGGGUGUCUUGUGGCGGAAGGACAGGGAAUGGAGGAGCACGGUGAGGGGCGCCUCACCCAGCUUGGCGGUCAGGGAAAGCGUAGAGGGUCAAAGAGUGAGCCUGGCAGGCACGGGAGGCUGGAAACAGCGCAUGUGGCCAUAGCUCAGAGUGGGAGGUGGUGAUGAGGCCAGAGGGGAAGCCAGGCUUCGGGAGCUGGCCUUGGGCCAGUACGGUGGGCAGGGCGACCCUUAGGCCAGCCAUGGUCACCGAGGGGGAUGGCAAGGCGCAGCCCUAGGGUGAGUAAAAAUCAUCCAGCGGAGGCCUGGGGCAGCAAGGCGGCUGGGAAGGAGCAUGUCCUGGAGGGCGAUGAGGGGAAGGAGGGAAGGAGCGGCCGGUAGCCUCAGAUCAGACAGCCCGGGGGGUCAAGAGCCAUAGAGAAGGGGCAGUGUCUCCUGAAGUCAGGGAGACCAGCACUCUGCAGGAUGGUGGAGGUGGAAGUUGCUAAUGGGGGGACAGAGAGCUGGGGGGACAGGUGAGUGUUUUGAGGCAGCUCCUCAAAAGCUCGGCUGUGAGCAGAAGGCGAAACCAGCAAGUGGAA